CACAUCCACCCACGCGCAAUCCCCACCACUCUUCGGACUCUUGCACAACGCGCACCUCACUCCAGACGACGCAUCAAGACACCCACCACUUCAACAUGCCCCCACGCAAGAAAGCCACCGCCGUCACCACCGACGCGGUCACCGACGGGGCGACCGCGCCCGCCCCAACGCGUUCAAGCGGCCGCACACGCGCUCCUUCUGCCAAGGCUCAAGCCGUCGCUGCCGCCAGCGCUGCCGUCGCGAACGGUACGACCGGCAUCAAUGGUGGUGCUCCUAAACGGGGGAAGCGCGCCAGGGAGGAGACGGAUGGCGAGACUGAGGUGGAGACAGACGCUAGCCAGAAGCCAGCUGCGAAGAAGGCCAAGGCGGGCACGAAGAAGGGGGCGAAGGGAAAGAAGAAGGAUGAGAAGCUGGACGCGAUUGACGAGGAGGGCGACGACGAGGCAGCGGUGGAGGAGGAAGAGGAGGAAAAGCCUGCUGCGAAGAAUGCGCGCGCGGCCAAGGCCAAGGCAGCUUCUAAGGCUAAAGUGACCAAGGGGAAAGGCAAGAAGGCACCAGGCGCGGACGACGACGACGUUGACAUGGACGAUGCCGCGGACGCUGCUGAUGCAGAGGAUGAAGAGGAGGACGCAAAGAAGCCGGUGAGCAAGAAGCCCGCGUCCAAGGCUGCGAAGCCGGCCAGCCAAAAGGCAGACCUACCUCAGAAGAUGGUGACAGUGAUGAAGCGAGGUGCAGCUCCUCCUGUCGACGCACGCUCAGGCUGGGCCUUGACUCACGAAGUGCUCAUCACCCCCGAGGGCAUAUGGGAUGCGACGCUCAAUCAGACUGACGUCGGGAACAACGCGAACAAGUUCUACGUCCUCCAGCUCCUGCACCCUGUCGGGAACAACAACCAAGUCACCCUCUUCACGUGCUGGGGGCGCGUUGGGGAGAAUGGCAGCUCCCAGAAGAAGGGCCCGUGGUCGCCGGCUCAGGCUGUCAUCGAGUUCAAGAGACAGUUCAAGGCCAAGGCUGGCGUGGACUGGGAACAGCGUGUCGGGAUGGUCCAGAAGAAGGGCAAGUACCAGUGGAUCGAGAAGUCAUAUGGGGACGACGAGGAAGAAGAGGAAACCAAGGCCGCUGGACCUUCGAAUAACAAGGACGAGAAGAUCCCAGAAUCAACGCUAGGCCCUGAGCUACAGCAACUCAUCAAGCUCAUCUUCAACCAGUCACUAUUCGCUGCGACUCUGUCCUCCAUGAACUACGACGCGAACAAGCUCCCGCUCGGCAAACUGGCCAAGUCUACUAUCCUCAAUGGUUUCUCGGCCCUCAAGACCCUCUCGGAAGUCAUCAACAGCCCUGCGGGUGACCUCGCUGCCCAGCACGGCGGGUUCCGCAAGGCAGUCGAGGACCUCACCAGUCGCUACUAUUCCGUGAUCCCACACGUCUUCGGGCGUGACCGUCCUACCGUAAUCGACAACGUCGAGCUCCUCAAACGCGAGCUUGAGCUUGUCGACGCCCUCGGGGAUAUGGAGAUUGCCACACAACUCAUCUCCUCCUCCAUCCCCAAAGACACCACCACGGGGCAGCCGGUCAACCCGCUCGACGCGAACUUCCGCUCGCUCGCGCUCUCCCGAAUGGACCCUGUCCCACGGUCGAGCAAGGAGUUCAAGGGUCUGCAGGCGUACACGCGCGACACGCACGGGGCGACGCACAGGCAUUAUGGUGUAGAGGUUCUGAACGCGUUCAGGGUGGAGAGGGAGGGCGAGACAAGGGCGUGGGAGGAGAAGGGGUUCGGGAGCCUGGCAGACGGGGAGCGGAUGUUGCUGUGGCACGGGUCGAGGACGACGAACUUUGCGGGAAUCUUGAAGCAAGGGCUGAGGAUUGCCCCGCCGGAAGCGCCGGUUACGGGAUACAUGUUUGGCAAGGGCGUGUACUUCGCAGACAUGAUGUCCAAGUCUGCCAAUUACUGUCAUGCAUACUUGAGCGACAAUAUUGGCAUUCUUCUCCUCUGCGAAGUUGCCGCAAAACCCUUCUACGAGCAGCACAACGCCAACUACAAUGCUGAUCAAGACUGCAAGGCUGCCGGCGCUAGGUGCACCAAAGGCCUGGGGCGUACACAGCCGGCAGAGUGGCAGGACGCUGGGGACGCACUGGAGAAUUCCGAGUUGAAGGGGUGCCACAUGCCGAAGGGCCCCGGGAAGGACGUGUUGGACCCGAAAAUUUACCUGCAAUAUAAUGAGUAUAUUGUCUACGACUCUUCGCAGAUCCGCUUGAGGUAUUUGUUAAUGGUCAAGAUGCAGUAGGUCUAGUGGGGUGAGCGCCGUGAUCUGAGUGAAGACUACGAGAUCAUACGUCUGCCCAUACUGUGUACGCACCUGCUUCGUUUUUCUCUCAAUAGUAUAGUAGGUAUAGAUGUUCAGCUCAAUCUAGAGUUGAAGCCGGUGGUGGCGAGAGUCCAAACAUUGUUCGCCAGGGUCGGUAGCUUUGAACUAUGUCCACUAUAAUGGGUUCCGAUCACCGCUCAUGGAGGGACGUGCAUAUCCAGGUCGAUCUGUA